AUUAUAAUGGAAUAGCACAAACAUAUUUUGAAUGAAUAAGAUGAUCAUCUUAAUGAGAUAGCAGAUAUUGCUAAUAGAUUACAUAGUCAUGCAUAAAAUAUAAAUGUUGUAAUUGAUCAAUAAGGAAAGUAAGUUCAACUAUUAUAAAAUAUAGAUAAAUAAGUUAAUUAGAUGUAGAGAUGGAUAAAACUUAGAAGAAGAUGAAUUUUGUAUAAAAAAAGUUAGGUGAUUUAUUAAAAACAAAUGGUAUAAAUAGACAAUUAUAAAAUGUUAGAUUAGAGUUAGAUUUGUACAAUUCUAAUUCUAUUUGGGACGCUUUGUGGAUUAAUUUUUUUAUUGAUCUAUACCUGAUUAUGAAUAAAAUAUAGAU